GAAAGCAUGGAGCCCAAGCGUCUGCUCCUGCUCUGGCUCGGGCUGUGCCUGAGCCCCGGGAUCCAGGCUUUCUAUUUCUGGAGCCCGGCUCCCGAAAUUAGGAUGAAACCAGGAAACAUCCGCCCUCUGGGCAGCUCCAUCACCAUCAGCUGCUACACACCCCUAAGGGCCGACUACUUCCGCCUGGAAACGGUUGAUACUGAAGGCGAUGUCCAAGUUGGGGAAAAGGUUCCGGCCAUCUACCCGGGGCACGAGUGUCACUUGUACCAGCCCUCCCUAAGGUUUGAGCACGGUGCCGGAUACCGCUGCCUCUAUAAUUUCGAGGGCCAGUGGUCUAAGCGUAGCUUUUUUAAGGACUUAAUCAUUUCAGGUGUUUACAGCAAGCCCUUCAUGAACAUCACCUCCACUAACGUGAAGGAAGGCAGCUCGGUGGUCUUUCACUGUAAGCCUACCAAGGACCAGUUCGAGGUGUGGGUGCUGAUCAAGGGGGAGCCCGACACAGAAAACUUUGUGGUGGAGCAAAGAGAAAAGGACUUGGAGCACCAGAUAGAGGACAUGAACCCGAGCCAUUCCGGAGUGUACACGUGCUACGGUCACAAUGAGGAAAACCUGUACCUGUGGUCCCACCCCAGCGACCCCGUGUCCAUCGACAUCAUCCAGAAGAACCUCGCUCCCAGAUACUCUCCUGGAAUCCCUCUCACCUCGGUGGUCCUGGCCCUGAUCGCCCUGCAGAGCCAGCCGGCGUAGUCCUGCCCAGGCCAGGACGGAUAUGUGGAUGGAGCAGCCAGACCGACAGGACUCCCUCCCCCCUCCCGACCCCCCAAACCAGGCUAAAUAAAGUGCUUCUGAUCCA